AUGGAGAGAGAGCGCCUGCGUCUGGCAUCUGAUGCGAUGUGUGAAACCCCCAUCCACACUGAUGGUCUCCAUGUCUGGGAUGAAGAUGAUGUGGAGGCAAACAGAGAAGUAGAUAAUGCCUUCAGAAAGGGAAUAACACCAUCUGAAGCUACUGAGUUUUAUUCCAACUGGGUGGAUGACAGUCUGAAGUACGAGAAGGAUCUUUGUCCAGGGCGGUACAACGGCCCUAUGAUAGCAGGCAAGGUAGUUGCUGAUUACUUUGAAGGCGACAGGGAGAAGAAGAAGAUUAUGGACAUCGCUGCAGGAACUGGCUUCGUAGCUGAACAACUGAAGACCCAUGGUUUUUUUCACAUUGACGCACUGGAACCUUCCAGCAAGAUGCUGCUGAGAGCGAAGGAGAAGGGCCUGUACGAGGACUAUUAUACUGAGUAUCUGUGCGAGGUCCCACUGCCUAUCCCCAAUGAUACAUACGACUGUGCCGUCACCAGCGGGGGGAUGGGGGAAGGACACAUUCCGUGUUCCGGAAUUCCUGAGUUGAUCCGGAUCGUUAAACCAGGCGGAAUUAUAUGCAUAGUAAUGCGUGAAGUGUUCCUGAGAGACGUAGAGGAAUACAAAGAUCGCCUGGAGCCACUCAUGGACUCUCUAGAAAAGGAGGGGAAAUGGAAAAAAGUGUCUAGAGUUAUUGUUUCCAGUUAUUUUUUAAACAUUCCCGGCGUAGUAUUUCUCUACAGAAUUAUUUGAUCUCAUGAAAACUCGUUUCACGUCCACCACAAUGUGGAAGAUACACAGUUACAGAUGAACUAGGGUUUAUAGAAAUGUAAUCGUAGAGUUUCAAUAAAAACAAUAUGUUAUCAAGUAUAUUGUAAACACAAACAAGGGGAUUUAAUAAACAAUAAUUCAUUCACCA